ACAAUCCUGGAUUUUGCUGCAAUAAUCCCUCACUUAUGAGUUGCCGCAGAGCAUUCCGAUUCUUUAUUACCACCUCGUUUAAUCAUCCGCACUCGGCGAGCAGAGCAGCUGAGGUCCAUCCAGAUCCAGCAGGGCACUCGCCACACGAGAAAGUUUCAAAGCAUCUCCCUCUCUCUCUCUCUGUCUCGAGAAGAGUCUUCCUCCUUGGGGGGAGGCAGGCAGGCAGCAAGCAAAGCCCAGCAAGCAAGCAAGGGAGCGGCCGCUUCUUGCUGCUCCUCCAGAUCUAGCCGGGGGAGGAGGAGGGGUUCGUAGGUGGAGGGCGCGCUGGGGUCCGCGUCGGAGAUGAAGGCGGCGCUGCGGAGCCGGCAGGAGCCGCGGCGGGUCAGCAACGGCGUCAUCAUCGCCGCCAUGCUCCUCUCCCUCUGCGUCCUCAGCAUCGUCAAGGCCAGAUACUGCUCCACGCCCUUCGGGAAGCCGGACGACCAGCUCAAGGAGCAGAUGAACUCCAGCAUCCGGAUGGAGACCGACGACGAGCCGGCGCCCGCCGCCACCACGGUCGGAGGUUCGGAGGAAGAUGCGGAGGAGGAUGUGGAGGACGACAGCGCCGCCCCGGUGCCCAAGGUCACCGCGGAGAGGGCGGAGAAGACAGCCGUCUCCGUCUCCGGCGCCGGCACAGGAAAAAAGGAUAAGGAUAAGGGGAGGCACAAGAAGAAGAAGCCGACCUGCUUCAUGACGAGCAAGCGCUCGGAGCGGUGCGAGGCGGCGGGGGACAUCCGGGUGGUGGGCAACGUCUCCACCAUCUACAUCGACUCGCUGGACAGGGAGUGGCGGACCAAGCCGUACGCGCGGUACCACGACCCCGUCGCCAUGACCCACGUCCGGGAGUUCGUCCUCAAACCCUUCCCGUCCGACGCGCCGCCGCCGGCCUGCACCAAGAACCACUCCGUCCCCGGGUUUGUGUUUUCCAACCGCGGCUUCUCCGGCAACCUCUACCACGACUACACGGACGUGCUGGUGCCGCUCUUCCUCAGCACGCGCAGGUUCAACGGCGAGGUGCAGUUCCUGCUCAGCGACCUCAAGCCCUGGUGGGUGGCCAAGUUCCGGCCGCUGUUCCGGCAGCUCAGCAGGUACGAGGUGGUGGACGUGAACAACGACCUGGAGGUGCACUGCGUGCCCCGCAUCGUCGUCGGCUCCGACUUCCACAAGGACAUGGGCAUCGUCCCGUCCAAGGCCGCCGGCGGCGUCUCCAUCGUCGACUUCAAGCGCACCCUCCGCGACGCCUUCGGGCUGGAGCGCGCGGCGGCCUCCCGCGGCGGCGCCACGGGCGCCGGCAAGCCGCGCCUCCUCAUCAUCUCCCGCAAGAACUCGCGCCGGUUCCUCAACGAGCGGGAGAUGGCGGCCGCCGCCGCCGCCAUGGGCUUCGACGUGCGCAUCGCGGAGCCCGACCAGCACACCGACAUGUCCACCUUCGCGCGGCUCGUCAACUCGGCGGACGUGAUGGUGGGCGUGCACGGCGCCGGGCUCACCAACAUGGUGUUCCUCCCCGCGGGGGCCGUGCUGAUCCAGGUGGUGCCGUUCGGCGGGCUGGAGUGGCUCACCGGCGUGACCUUCAAGAACCCGGCGGCGGACAUGGAGGUGACGUACAUGGACUACAACGUGCAGCUGGAGGAGAGCUCGCUGCUGGAGCAGUACCCGCGGAACCACCAGGUGCUGACGGACCCCUACGCCGUGCACAAGCAGGGGUGGGACGCGCUCAAGGCGGCCUACCUGGACAAGCAGAACGUGCGGCUGGAUCUGGACAAGUUCAGGGCCACGCUCCGGGACGCGCUCAGCCGGCUGCCGCCGGCGUCGACCCCGGCGGCCUGAGCCUGCCCACGUCCGUCCCCGGUCCGGUAGAUAUAGGUCCGUCCGUCCGUGUAUAUCUAUCUGCUCUGCUCUGCUCCGCUCCGUGCCUGCCUCGUUUUGCUUAACUUGAUUCUUGAUUUCUUCUUCUUC